GCACGUUUUGAGACGCCCCCGAUUCGCUCCCGUUGCUACAACGUCAUGGGCACUUUCGUUUUCGCGUCCAAAAUGGCGACCACAGCAGCCGGAGGAGAUAAUGUGUUACUUGUAACUGAUUCUUACAAGGUAACACAUCAUUUGCAAUAUCCUCCAAACACAACAAAUGUGUACUCCUACUUCGAAAGUCGAGGGGGCAAGUUUCCGUCCACAGUGUUCUUUGGAUUGCAAUACAUUUUAAAGCGAUGGCUUUGUGGUAAAGUGGUUACCAAGGAGAAGAUAGAAGAAGCCCGGGAACUGUAUGAACUGCAUUUUGGGCAUGAUCAUUUCAACACAGAGGGAUGGAAUUACAUUUUGGAGAAGCACGAUGGGCACCUCCCAUUACGAAUCAAGGCUGUCCCUGAGGGAAGUGUGGUCCCAUACAAGAAUGUGCUCUUCACAGUGGAAAACACAGACCCCAAAUGCCAUUGGCUCACAAACUAUUUUGAGACUUUGUUGGUACAAGUGUGGUAUCCAAUGACUGUAGCAACCAACUCGCGCUAUCAGAAGGAGAUCAUUGCAAAGUACAUGGACAAGACCGCCGACACGUUUGACAAGCUUCCCUUCAUGCUCCAUGACUUCGGCUUCCGAGGAUCUUCCUCUGUGGAGUCUGCAGGUAUUGGUGGCUGUGCCCACCUGGUCAACUUCAUGGGUACCGACACCAUAGCUGCAAUAGUGACAGCCAGGAAGUUCUACGCCUGCAAUAUUGCAGGCUUCUCUAUACCCGCAGCAGAACAUAGCACAAUCACUACCUGGGGAAAGGACGGGGAACAGGCAGCUUUCAAGAACAUGUUGGAGCAGUUUCCAACAGGCCUCGUUGCAUGCGUCAGUGACAGCUACAACAUCUGGGACGCGUGCGAGAAGCUGUGGGGAGGGGCCUUGAAAGAGCUCGUCAGUGGUCGCAAGGACGGCGCCCUGGUUGUGCGACCUGAUUCUGGUGACCCCCCUCAGGUGGUGGUCAAGGUGUUGGAGAUACUCAGCCAUCAGUUCGGCAAAGUGCAGAACAAGAAGGGCUACAAUCUGCUGCCCCCGUUCAUCCGUGUGAUCCAAGGGGACGGGAUCAGCUAUGAGUCGCUGGGCGACAUUCUCGAGAACAUGGAGAAGAACCAGUGGAGCGCGGAGAACCUUGCGUUUGGAAGUGGCGGGGCUCUACUGCAGAAGAUGGACAGGGACACACAGAAGUGCGCAUACAAGUGCAGCUAUGCCGUCUGUAAUGGGAAAGAGGUUAAUGUGUACAAAGAGCCAAUCACUGAUCUUGGGAAAAAAAGUAAGAAAGGUCGCCUGUCACUGGAACGCAUGGAAGACGGGACAUACAUCACCAAGGAACAGGGCACUGGCGACCCUAAAAAAGACUUACUUGUCACAGUAUUUGAAAAUGGAAAGCUGUUGAGGGACUAUACCUUUGAUGAGAUAAGGAGGAACGCUGAGCUGCCCCUUUUAUUAGAAAGGACACAAAACUAGCUGAUCUCUAACAACCAUCCCUGCAAGCGUAAUAUCCUGUCUUACCAUGGCUCCAUUGAAAAAUUUAAUGUAAAUGUAAUAUUCCAAUCUCUCCAGUCUGAAAAGCUGGAGUGAAAUUCAAACCGAAGAAGAUAUUGUUUGUUCUGAAUUUUAGUGCAACAUUUGUGUUAUUUUCGUAGGUUUGUGAAAUUUGUUGGAGAACAUUAUGUUAACAGUUGAAUAAUUAUUUAAACAGAAUAAAAUAAUAUCUUUUAAAAUUAAAACAUUCCUGGUGAAAAAGUUAUUACAUGUUCAUAAAUGUUGAAAGUAUUUGCACUAAUGAAUGAUUGACAAAUAAUCACGAAAAUUAUUGGGACAGAGCAGUUGAUAAUGAGCAGUUGAUAAUAUGGAUAUAAGAGACAAAGAUGAACAACAACGCACAUACCUCUGAGGAAUGUGUAAAAUUAAUAAAUUCUUACAUUUAUGGUGUUUUUGUUUUUGCAUACUGCCAUUUCUUAAUUUAACAUUUGCUAAAUUUCAAUGAUCCUUUCAUUCAGAAAUACAUUUUGCACAAGCAUAUUUUUUGUUUAAAUAUAAAUAAUUUUCAAAUUUCAGUCAAAUUUAUCAUUUUUCAUCCGAACACUAUAGUUUACACAGUUAAUGCCAGGAAGGAAUCAUUAUAUAUAAAAUCAGCCUUAUUAUUAUCGAAUACGAACUUAAGUAUUAAUCCAUUUUUUUGCAUGUUUUAUUGCCUAUUUGUCUUAAAACAAUUUGGGGAUAGUAAUCUAUAAGUUUCUACACUGAUAUUUUGGAUUUUGUGCAACUUGUUAAUGGCUGUUGUGGUGUUCAUUUACUUGUACAAUCUUACCAAUUAUAUCAAUUUUGUUAUUUGCUUGUUCAUGCUUGUGUUUAUAAUUCUUUUCACAUAAACGUUUAAACAUCAUUUUCAGCUUAUUUUCAUCAGAUCUGGUGUCUAGAUUUCGCUCAGAAAUCAAAUUAUUAUUGACUUACAUGGCAGUAUGUCAAGAUAUUUGAAAGUGAUGCAGUUUGGUCAUAGUGCAAUGAUUUUACUGAUUUAUAUGAUUGCUGUAAAAAGAAUUAAAUUAUGUCAUAUGAUCAUUAUAACAAACUGCUUGCCAAAACUGUGAUCAUUGAAGUGUUGUAUGUGCUUUGUAUCACAUGGAAUGCUUUUGAGAAUUAGUGAUUUAUGAUAAGAUUUUACAUUGAAUUCAUAGAUAUAUAUGGGGCUGUUUUUAGUAUAUUGCCUGAAAACAAUAAUGUUCAAACACCUUGGUGUACAUUCCAAUACUGCCCAGAAAACAGGACAUCUAUAUAAUAUGAGAUCAUCAAUGUUUUAAUGAAAAAUACUUUAAAAGCCCUCAUCUUGAGUCAAUGUCAAAUCAAAAGAAAUUAACUAUCCCCAGGAACUGGUGUUUAAAAAAUUGAUGUUCAAAAUAUCAGUAGUAACAAAUCUUAAAAAUGAGUUGAAUGCUUUUUGUUAUGUAUUGUUAUGUAAAGCAAAUGCAUUGUUCUAAAAUCAUAUAAAUGAUGUGUUGUAUGUACCAGUAAGCUCAAUAUCUUGUCCAUUGCAUUGUGAUCACUGUACAAAUAGAGUUUUGUGAACAUACAAAAUCGCCUAGUGCUUCAAGGUACCUAUGCAUAUGACAGCACUUUGUCUUAACCCUUUCAGUGCGGGAACAGAAUUUUAAAGGCCUUUGCAAACAGUUUGGAUCCAGAUGAGACGCCACAGAAUUUGGCGUCUCAUCAGGAUCCAAACUGUUUGCUAUUCUGAUAGUAUUCUUUGAAAAAAAUCGAAGAAAAUGCUAAUUUUAGAAAUUCAGCAGACGACAUUUCAGCAGACGACACAUUUCCCAGCAUGCAAAGGGUUAAGUUGUGUAAAAAUCUGUGUUCUGAAUACCACGUGCAAUGUCUCUUUGACUAAGUCAUUGUCUGUAAAACAUCAACUAUUGGUGUGAUUGUUUACAAAAUAUUUAUGUACCAGGUAAUUACAAUUUUUUGGCCUUUAUUGAUUUUUUGUUCAAAUAAAUCAGUGACAAGUAUAGGGAUAAUACACGUUUAUGAGGGCAUGAUCAUCUGCGGGCGCUCGAAAAAUCCGUUCCUGCCCGAGUGCGCCCAAGAAAAUGUGUAUUUUCGCUAUUAUUGCAUAAACAAAUCACACAUACCAAAAUAAAUUAAAAUAACAUUGAAAAUAAUAUGUUAUUUAACAAUAUGUUAGUUUAUGCAAUAAUAUCUAUUCAUACACAAAUGGUAGGAAAAUUGACGGGAUCGAAUGCGCAGGGGGGUCUGAAGCUGAGCUUCCUGCAUAUUGCAUAAGACCCAUUUUCACAUGACGCUGCUUGUUCUAUGUUUCAUCAUCAUCAAUAAGUUACUUGACAGAUAUGUUUAAAGGGACCUUUUGUUGUUUUGGUAAAUAAACAAAAUUGCAAAAAAAUGUUUCAGAUGUGCAAAUGUUAGAUGUAGUUGUGAUAUUUGCAAGGAAACAGAAAUACUGAACAUUUAUAAUGCUCUAAAAUAUCCAUUG